AUGGUCAGUAGUUGCAGUGACUUUCUCCAGAAAUCUUUCCAAAUUAAGCAAGAUCAAGACACCAAGUUCUUUACCAACAAGCUUCUUUCCAAAGAAAACUCCAAACUAGCUAAUGCCAUUCCUUCUUUUAGGGUUUACUAUGGUGAUGUUCCAAGUUCUGUUCCUUUCAUUUGGGAGUCUCAACCUGGAACUCCUAAACAUUCACUUUCUCAAACUUCUUAUAAUUUGCCUCCUUUAACUCCUCCUCCUUCUUACUAUUCCAAUAACAAUACAAACAAAAAACCAACUAGAAAAAAUUCAAGAUCCAAGCUUUUUCAUGCAUUAAUCAAGAAACUAAUCAAUCCAAAGAAAUCCCAUUUUCCUCCAUCUCCUUCUUCUUCAUCAUCUUCGUCGUCGUCGUUAUCGUGGACGUCUUAUUCUUCACAUUCUUCACUUUCUGCUCCUGCAACACCUUCCAAUAACUUCUAUAGACGGCCGAGAUUUUGUGGUAGAGGUUCACAUUUUGAUGAAGAAGUUUCCGGCAAGUUAUCGACGGCUACAUCAAAGUUGUGUUUUGGUAUCAGCCGUAGAUCUAGCUAA